GCACGCACGCAGCCCAGCACUUCCGGCCGCGCCGGCCCCCGCGCCGGCCCGACGGUCACACAGCCGCCGGCGCCCCGAGCGGCAUGAGGCGUUGAGGGGCGGGGGACCACCGCGCCGGCGCCAUGAACCUCCUGCCGUGUAACCCGCACGGCAACGGGCUGCUCUACGCCGGCUUCAACCAGGACCACGGGUGCUUUGCAUGUGGCAUGGAGAAUGGAUUCCGAGUUUAUAACACCGAUCCACUAAAGGAAAAAGAGAAACAAGUCUGUGAUCACGACCACAAGUUGUUUGAUGUUUCAGUGAUGAUAUGGGACGACCUGAAGAAGAAGACUGUUAUUGAAAUAGAAUUUUCUACAGAAGUCAAAGCAGUCAAGUUGCGGCGAGAUAGAAUUGUGGUGGUUUUGGAUUCCAUGAUUAAGGUGUUCACGUUCACACACAAUCCGCAUCAGUUGCAUGUCUUUGAAACCUGCUAUAAUCCGAAAGGCCUCUGUGUCCUGUGUCCCAAUAGUAACAACUCCCUCCUGGCCUUCCCGGGCACACACACGGGCCAUGUUCAGCUUGUGGACCUGGCCAGCACCGAGAAGCCGCCCGUGGACAUUCCCGCACACGAGGGUGUCCUAAGCUGCGUUGCUCUCAACCUGCAGGGAACAAGAAUUGCAACUGCAUCUGAAAAAGGGACCCUUAUAAGAAUAUUUGAUACUUCAUCAGGGCAUUUAAUCCAGGAGCUACGGAGAGGGUCUCAAGCAGCAAACAUUUACUGCAUUAACUUCAAUCAGGACGCGUCCCUCAUCUGUGUGUCCAGUGACCACGGCACAGUGCACAUCUUUGCAGCCGAAGAUCCAAAAAGGAAUAAACAGUCUAGCUUGGCAUCGGCCAGUUUCCUUCCAAAGUACUUCAGUUCCAAAUGGAGUUUCUCCAAGUUUCAGGUCCCCUCAGGCUCCCCAUGCAUUUGUGCCUUUGGAACAGAGCCCAACGCUGUCAUUGCGAUCUGCGCAGACGGCAGCUACUACAAGUUCCUGUUCAACCCCAAGGGGGAGUGCAUCCGCGACGUCUAUGCACAGUUUCUCGAGAUGACUGACGACAAACUGUGACUCACCAGUGAGUCAGCACCUGCCACCCCUCAGGCUCCUGGGGCUGGUGCAGUGCCCUGUGGGCCUCGUGGGUACGGGGCUGGAGGGCCUGCCCAGGGGCCUUGGUCUCGAAGCCAUUUAUGGUUGUCUGCUUCCCAUUUCCAGUAUUCAGUAGACACGCAGUGGCACUGAGCGGCCCGGCUGACCACGGCUGCUCCCUCUCGUUCAGCUGUGAUGUUAGCUGGGGAGGCUCUACCACCACUCCCACCCACGGGCUCCCUGCAAGCCCAGGGACCGGGCUGAGCGGGGCGACAGGUGGAGGCUGUGUCUGCCACAGAGUCCGUUGUCUCUGCCGAGUCUGCCGCGGGGAAAGGAACGCGAGUGCGACGUCAGCUCUUACGUCACACGGGUUUCAGCAGAGAAGACCACCAGCAGCUCGCCCUGCAAAGGAGACGGGAAUCCCUUCUCCUGCCUGAGCCUGAGGAGAAAUGGCCUAGCCCUGUUCAGAUGACCCAGUGUGGAUGUUGCCCGUUGUCGUCCUGUCCGUGUCCACACGUGGGUGUCUGUGUCUGUGUCAGAGCUGUUAGGACGCGGCAACCUCGAGUCUCACCCCUGAGCUGAGUCCUUUUGUGUCACAGCCAGUUCUUGGCUGUGGGGGUCAGUGGCCAGGUCUCCUGGUUAACUUCUGGGUCAAAAUAGCGUCUUUCUUGUGUGUGGGAAACCAAGUACCGCAUAGACCGUAAGUUAGUCCUGGAGCGUCAUGAAACCUGAGGGGUGGAGGGAGAUGCCUCCGCCAGCUGUCGCCCGCUUCCUUUCUCCAUGUUCAUCUGCAAGAAUAGCUAUACACUAACGUUUGGGAAUGAAAGGCACAUGACUUUUUAAACAUUUGGUAACUAAAAUAGGUUAUGGGCUCCACGUUGUCGAUAGUAUUUGAAAUAUAUUUAAUUUUCUUAAAAUUCCCUUUCAAGCAGCUUAAUUUUAUGGUUUUGAUUUCAAGUUGCAAACAUUUAAAAUCUGCAUAGCAGCAAGUUCAGUUUUGCCAGUUCCUUGACUGUCCUGUAAUCAACUAACUUUGUUUGUGGAUUUUGAUGUAAAGUAUGCAUGCUACUUUUAUGUGUAUUUAAUCAUGACAUUUAAUUUUGCACACUUAUUUGUACUAUUUCUUUUAAAUAAAAGUGACUAAUUUUGUUGUACUCUGUA